GAACUCUCAGAUUGAGCUGAGCUUGCUAUUCUACCUUACUCUGAGGGACCUGGUAUGGUUUGCGUGUACAACUGGUUGCCUAAAUCAUGUAGUACCUAGGCAGGUACCAUUAGAAACAUCCUCACCCUUCCUUCCUCACAUUAUCCAGACAACAAUCAUCACUUCAGCCAUCUAGAAUUCAAUCAUCAUGCCCACUGACGGAGUCUGGUUGUCGCCUUCGGGCAACAAGGUCUUCAUCCCUCUUGAAAACAAUCCAGAGGUGUUCACCGGCCUCGUCCAUGACCUCGGCGUCUCCCCCGAGCUUGGCUUCUACGACGUCUAUUCUCUUGACGAACCUGCGCUUCUCGCCAUGGUCCCGCGCCCAGUGCACAGCCUCAUCUUCAUCACCCCUGCGCCCAUGUACACUGCUGUUCGCAAGGAAGAUGGCCGUGAAUGGUGGGCAGCGGAGCGCGAAGCGCAGGGUGAUUUCAAGUUAACGUACGACAAGUCGGGCGAGGACGAGCCUGUCACGUGGUUCCUGCAAACCAUUGGAAACACAUGCGGACUCAUUGCGCUGCUGCACUCCGUAGCCAACGGAGAGGCCAAGAAGUACAUUCAAGAAGGCUCGCUGCUCGACCGUCUCAUCAAAGAAGGCCUGCCCUUGAAACCGAGGGACCGUGCGGACGUACUCUACAAUAGUGAGGAACUGGAAAAAGUGUUCAUGAAGUCGGCAAGGAAGGGUGACACCAGUGCCCCUCAGGCGGACGAGGCUUGCGGCUAUCACUUCCUGGCAUUCACAAAGGGCAAAGACGGUCAUUUGUGGGAGUUGGAGGGCUGCUGUGAUGGUCCCAUUGAUCGCGGUGCGCUGCCUGAGGACGCUGAUCUGUUGAGCGACGAGGCUCUCGACAAGGGUGUCAGGAGGUUCUUGAACCAUGCGAACGGGAACCUUGAAUUCAGCAUUGUAGCACUGGCGACACGAGGAGAAGAGUGACGGUAGGGAUUUUACGACUGAAUGUGGUACGAAAACAAGCAAACAUGCUGCUGAUAAAUAUAUUCAUCAUGAAUUAUAUUGUGUGUCAGCGGUUGUCACGGAAGGUGACCGCCCGCCUCGAACCGAUUACUGCUGACCCUCAUAGACUCGUGGUCACAAAAGGCCGAAGACCAAACCUAUUGAACGCCUUGCUUCAUGCAAGCACUCUAAUUAUUUACUGGACGAGGCCGACGGUGAAGGCAAUGAGAGGAGUGGCAACAGGGACCAGGACGCCGUCCUUGAGGCCGCUGAGGA